CGACUUGGACCGCUGCACGUGCCGGUGCUUCAAACUGUUUUGUUUGAUUUUGUGUGUUCAGGUCGGAUUAGGAAAAUUCAAAGAUAGAAUUUUCUAAAAAUUUAAAUCAUGAGCUCUCAAAAGCUGGAAUACGAUGCAAGCCUUGGCGGAGGCGUUACGCUGCCCAGCAAUCUGCCGACCUAUCACUAUGCAUCUGGAGCACUACACGAAAUCAAGUCUAUGAUUGCGGAAGCCCAGAAGCCGGUCAGCAGUAAGCUAAUCUUUCAAUCAUUGCCCAAGCACAUGCGCCGUCGCGCCAUGUCACAUCAUCCGAAUCGCUUGCCGCGCAAAUACCGCUCCGCCCACAAAUGCCAAAUGGCCAAGGCAGGCAAUCAGCCAGUGGCACCAAAGCGCCCGUCGCGUAAGUAUCGACGUCGAGCAAAGAAUCUAAUGCGUGAGUAUAUGCGCCGCCAGCGCAACCACAUUUGGUUAGAGACCCAUAUUUGGCAUGCAAAGCGCUUCCAUAUGAUCGAUCGCUGGGGAUAUCGGUUGGCCUAUGCCAGUUGCGACAAGACCUACCGGGCAUGCUAUCGCGCCAGCUCCGAGCACUGCCUGGUUCAGGAUAUUUCAUUUUACAGCUGCGUGCAGUUGGCAGGGAGCGUCGAUCUGCUGCGUGUGGGUUUUGGGCGCAUAACAAGUCCAGAGUGUGGCCUUGGCAUUACGGCCAAGACAUAUAUGAGCGGGCGACGCGAAGGCAGCAUACAGCUUUUUGCCGAUUCGAAGUAUCCGUCGGCUGCCCUGCAACGCGUCCUCUUUAUGUGGCGUCCCGAGGAACAGCCAGAGAAUAAAACACGCCGGACCCUAUGGCUCUGGCUGCAUCCUGCUGGCGCUGAGGCAACCAUUGCCCAACUAAUCAAAGUUUUUCAGCUCAAGUCCACUAAGCAGGAAAGGCUGCCGCUAUUAUAUGACUCAGACGCCCUGGUGCCAUCAGCUGAAUUGAACGAAGUGCCACUGCCGGUUGAAUCGGUGGAGCAGCAACCGGAUGGAUCAAACAAGCAGCCGCUGCGUUUCUGGACAUACACCAAGGCGUUUGAGCGCAACAGAAGUUACGCCAAUGCGGACACAGAUUUGCAAAUGGUGCACAUCAAGCACGAAUUCAAUCGCUUCCGUCUGACCGGACCGCGCGCCCAACGCGUGCUGGCCGCCAGUCUGCGCGCCUAUCGUCAAAACCGCGAAGAUAGCCCCGAGCUGCCCAAAUCGGAAGAUUUGCGGCUUGGCGACACUCCGGACCAAGCGCUAGAGCCGGCCGAUUUCUGUGAGGCUGCACUGCAGCUGAGCUCGCCCAGCGAGCUACUUUCCAAUCUGAUCAUCAGCGUCAAUGUGGUCGAUCCUCGUCUGCAGCGUCCCAGUAUGCGCUGCAAGGCGGCCAGACCUGCAACAUCUCUGGUCAACGCAACUCAGUUACAUCUAUCGCAGCCAAAGCAGCCGCCGUACAGCGAUCUGUGGGACUCAGAGUUUCGCGAACGUCUCAGUAAGCAGAUGAUGCCGCAACAUAAUUAUAAUCAGCUGCGCUCCAUGCAUGCCAUUGUGCCCGGCCAGCGCUGUGACUUUGAGGAUCAAAUGCAGCCACUGCCGCUCCUGCUGAUACAGCGCCCAGGCUCCCAACAGUCACAGUACAAACGCUUGGGCUAUGCUGCUGGCUGGGAUGUGAUUGUGCCUGCCCGUUAUGGUCUGGUGCUUUGGCAGACGCUCAUCAUGUGGGGAGCCCGACCAGGUGGACUGCGGGAAUUCGACUCGGUAGCCAGAGAGUCGGGCAUUGAUCAUUAUUUGCCGGACACUGUGGCCGGACAGCAGCAGGCAUCGCAGACAGCUAAGGAGCGUCGUGCUCAAUAUUUUCGUCAGCCACCCAACAAACGCUGCAACUAUCGCAAGCUGUCAGUGGUCAGUCCAUUUAUGGCGCCAUGGCAUUCGCUAGUGCGCGACUGGUCUGUGGAGCACUAUAAGGAAACAAAUGGUUAUUUUGUGCUGCGCAAUCGCGAGUUGUUGCAGUGCCUGGACGGAUGCGUGCGCCGACGUCAGGAAUUCCCGGAGACGAUCUCAGAAUUGUGUCUCAUUCAGAUUGAAGUGCGUAUGCAUGCGCGCGGCAAACUCAAAGACAAUUCAUUGAUUUGCCAGCCAACCGCCCAGGACUGGGUGCGUCGUCGCCAGCAGCAGAAGCAUGACGAGCAUGAGCCCGUGCAUACCGAGCCACUGCAGACCGACCUGAACGAAGGUUUACGCAAACAGUUGCGCCACAAACACAAGCGUCUGCUGAAACGCUUGCGCUCCCGUCGCGUGCGCGAGAAGCGUAAACUACAGGAGACAAGCACAAAGCGCGUCCACAUUCGUCCGGCCAAGACAGGGCCUUUGAUCUGCGAGCAGUUUGCUAAAAUGUGUGACCUCUGGCUGCCCAGGGAUCCAACCAAGACGCGCGACAGCGUGCGCCGUCAAUGCAGUCGCGAGGUGUUCGGCUAUGUGACCUGCGCCGGUUUCAGCUUCGUGGAGGCAGCCGUCUGCGGGGUGGGCUAUAUAACGGCUCGUGGAUUGCGUCUACUGCUGGAAGUAAGGCAGCCGGGCGUGCCCCUGCUCUGCCUGGUGCGCAAUGAGGACAGUCGUGACUAUCGCUUCGCUCGCGUCCAAAUAAAUGUAAAUGUCUCCGAUGGAGUUUAGUUUAGAAUACGCAUUGUAGAUAUAAAUGUAGAUAGAUAGAUGUAGUUUAUGUAUGUUAAGUACAAAUGUCAUAAAUAUCGAAUAAAUAUUCCUAACUGAUUAA